GGCCCUCUGCCUGGUUCCCUGUAACUUGGCCUCUCGCAGUGAGGGAACUGCCAGAAGGCCCUUAUAUAUAAAGGAGAACCAGUGUGGUGUAACAGGUUGAGUGUUGAACUAUGACCUAGGAGACCAGGGUUCAAAUUACCACUCGGCAAUAAAGCUCAGUUGGCCCAGUUAUUAUCUCUCAGCCUGACCUACCUCACAGGGUUGUUGAGAGGAGAAAAUGCGGAGGGGAGAACUCUGUAAACCACCUUGAGAUCCAGGGAGGGAAAGAUGGUAUAUAGAUGUGAAAAAUGAAUAAGAAGAUAGCAAUGCUGAUAAAGAGAAGAUAAUAAUAUUUCAUGACUCUUUUAACAAGAGAGACAGGAAGUAAUAUUAAUGGUUAACUCUUGCUCAUUGUUGAUCUUAAGGUGGCCAUGUGUCCUACUUUAGAGAGGGCAGUCCUCUGUUAGAGGACGGUCCUGACAGCUCUUCAAUUUGAAGUCUUUCCCACCACGUUGUUUUUUUCUCUUUAAAGUACAGUAAUUAUUUCUGAAUUUGUGCUUUUUAUGCAAAUCUGCACCUUCCUUUUUCCUUCUUUGGGUGACCUGUCAACAGUCCCCCUAGUUGGCAUUCAGAUUGAAAUGCCCAUUUUAAAGAAAUGCAAAGCUUAUCUAAUAAAGCAAAUUUGUCUUUUAGUAAGCCCAGUUAGGAUGCUAAACACAGCUGUUUGAGUGACUGGAAGGUAAUUGAUUCUCUGACGUUCAGGAGCUUGCAGGUUUGAUGAGGGAGUGAAUAUAUAAAAGAGAGUGUGGCAAUACCCACAACAGCUAGAGACUCGCCACUCUGGUUAGAAAAAGCUGGAUAGGAUUUUCUCUAUUUCCUGGGACACCGCAAGAAUUGGAAGUAUUGUCAGGCAAGCAAGAAGGCCAAGAACAAGAUUACAGACUUGAGAGGACCAUUUUUCUGAAGGGAACUAUUGCCCCAGAAGAGUGAAGAAUGCUGGACAGGGCUGUUCUCCUUCUUUUCCUCCAUUUCAUCAUGUGUUCCCUCUCGUCUCCUCUCUACCCAGCACUCAGAUAUAGCCCACUCCCCAUUUCUGGCAAGGCAGUGAGCUUUCAACUGCAAGAAAGUGGUCCUGUGCAAAGCCACAACCUCUCAGUAGAGGAGCAGGAGGAGGAGAACCUCCUCACCGACCCUGCUGAGAAAAGGAUGCAGCGUCAUGCAGAUGCAAUAUUUACUGAUAGUUACCGCAAAGUUCGGGGUAAGAUGUCAGCCCAGAAGUUAUUGCAAGGCAUUGUUGGGAAAAGACUCGGGGAAGGCAACCUGGGGGAUGAGGAACAUGAAUUCAUGACGCGGAGGCAGUCUGACAGCAUCCUGAUGGGCAGUCGCUAUCACCAGCAGAUGGUACUGAGGAAUUUCUUGGGAGCCAUGUUGCAGAAUCAAAGGUCUCAAGAUAUCAAUGAUGACCACUUGGAAGAUUUUGUCAGUGUCCUAACCAAGCUAAUGGAACUGUAAAUAAGCUUUGUCCUGCUUCAUUCUGGUCAGUGCCACUCCUGGAGCACCCUGCUCAUCUUUCUGCUUCUGAAGCAGUACAAAGAAACAGACAUAUUACUAUGUGCACCAAUACUGUCCAGAAUGCCAUCAGGAAAACAAAGUGUGAGGGACUUCUGUUCCCUGUGCUUACUACAGUUUGACUGUUGAAUAUGUAGCCUCACUUCAGUUUGAAAAUAAAUGCCCCUGAUGUAUAGCAAUCAUAUAUAUAUAUUCAAACUCUUUUUUUCCUAUACAGAAUUACUGCAUAAAGGCACAGAGUUGUGUAAUAUUGAGUAUUAGCCAUGGGGGCCUCUGCCAAUGAAUUAAUUGGGAACUGACCUUGGGGUUCACUGGAAAGUAUAUGACUGACUUCUGAUUUCAGGACCAUGGACAGCUUUUACCCUGCACUAUGUGCUGCUGCUAGAAAUAAAGGGAACAUCAACCAACCAAAUGACUACAGCCAAAACAAUGUUGGAAGUGCAACAAAAUAAUUCUGAAAAUGCAGAAAGCCAAACCUUGGGAUAUAAGGGAAAUUCACUGCACCAUCAGAAAUGAUCAGGGAGGAAAGGCUUAGGAGACCAAAAAGGAACACACAUGCAAGGAAAGCAGUAAGAAGUGAAGCAGUAGAAAAAGCACUUUCAUCUAGAUUGCCAUGACUACUGCAAAGGCCAGGGCUGCUAUCCGGAGAAUUCUUUCAAAUACGCGCAAAAAGUGUGCCCAGAUAUAAUAGGGCAGGGACUGGGAAACUUUUUGAACCUGAGGGCUGUGCAUCAGUGGUAGGUGGAGCAACAAAUGUGUAUUUUACCUUUGCACAGAACUCUCUAU